CUCUUCCAUUUCAAAUUUAGAAAUUGGCACUCAAAAGAUUUCAUCAAUGGCAGCAACAGAUUGUUUGGCACUCAUACUAAGCGAACCUUCCAACGUAGAGAAAUCAGUUACAGAAAAGCUAUGGCAAGUCUCCUUCUCUCGCUUCCUGCUCUAUCCUUCGCUCCCUUCCACGUGUCCUUCCCUCCUUCCUCUUCCUCACACUCGCUAUUACCGCCCUUCCCGCGGCACCUGGAUUUCCUCUCGUUCUCCGUCCGCCUCUCUCCUUCUCCAUCACCGUCCAUCAUCCGCCUCCGAUUCAAUCCUCACCGUCUGUUUCCACGGCCAGAUCAUGGAAGAGCACUAUGUUUCAAAGCUGCAAUUCGCUUGGCCACAGGUGUCUUGUCUCUCUGGAUAUCCUCCUAGAGGUAGCAGAUCUGUUUUCAUAAGUUAUAAAGACUCUGAUGAUGAGAUUCAGCAGUUUGCCGUGCGAUUUUCAGAGAUUGCUGAAGCAGAGACCUUCAUAAAUGCUUUGAAGGAUAUCUUUCAGCAUCCUACUGGAAUUGAACCUCUGAUUAGUGACAUUCGAUCUGAUAUUCCAUCGGAAUCUAUGUUCAGGUCUGCUGAUCGAAUUUCAGCUAGAACUUGUGAAGAGGAAUCAAGUGUUAUGACUCCUGUUCAAACCUCUUAUUACCAACCUGAAAUCACAUUCGACUUGAACUGUGAAGUUGAGAAAGACUCGCAUACUAAUGAGGAGGAAACAAGUGUCUUGCCUCCCGUUCAAACCUCUUAUUACCAACCCGAAAUCUCAUUCAAUUUGAACUGUGAAGUUGAGAAAGACUCGCAUACUAAUGAGGAGACAUUGCCGAAUAACAACUAUGAAGACAUUUGUUCCGCUUUGCCUCCCAGCUUUGCUUCAUUCUUGAGCAACUGCUGUUCUGAUGUCCAACAAGUUGCAAUUCAGUCAAGUUCAGCUGAGGAUGUUGAUCUCAAAUCUCAAAUUGCGAGAUGCAUGGAAGAUUCCUCUUUCCAAGAUAUGUUGAUGAAAGUGGAGAAAGUUAUUGCUGAACUUGGAGAUGAAAUGAUGCUGUAAUUUUCUGUCAUAUCUGCACAUUGAAGCCCUCCACCGUCUAAUUGAUGAAGAUUGUUUAGCUUGAGCAUCUGAUAUGGUUACGUCGGACAAAUUAAGAUCCUCUCAUGUUGUAAUAAAAAUUAAUUAAGUCAUGCUUCAUUAAUUUAUAUUGUAAAGGAUCAAUUUUACAACUCUUUAUCUAAAAAUAUAAAUUAUAUUAUUUUAA